AUGCAAACCGUAGAAGAAUUCGACACUACAGUGGGUGAAGCUUCUGAAGAUGAAUCUCCUCCUCAUCCAGGAUUACAUGUUGCACCUCAGGGUGAUGAUAUUGAAAUGGAGGUUGUAGUCGAGGAUGAUCCUGAAGAUGGAGCUGCCAGAGAUGGGGACAACCAGUUGAAACGAACAGAGGUUGAGCCUACUUCGACGCGAAACACUCCACCUGCUCCUGACCGGGCCCAAGGGAGUGGCAAAUCAACUGCCGUGAAGAUCCCUGCUAAGAAAGCUGUUGUCGAAGUGUCGCCUAGUACUGCUAAGAAGCCUUCGACAAAGGUAAGUCGAAAACCCCCAACAAUCCAAACGAAAAAGAGUGAAGAGGAGAGAGGCGAGGAUAAAGUACCUAAUGAAGAGUCUGGUGACGAAUCUCCAGAGUUAAUCCCUCCCCCUCAGAAGAAGAAGAAACUCACGAAGGUCUCUUCCCAAAGAUCCAUCGUUAACCCAACUAGGAAGGAUUCUGCCAGUACUCCUCCUGCUAAGCCUCAGUCGAAAGACACGGGGAGUGGGAAAUCCGGCUUUAAUACUGAAAUUCCUGAGGAACAAGUGGCUGUCGAAAGAACGCUUGAGAAAAUUCUGGAGGAAACAGCCCCAGAGGAAGAUAUCCCCACAAGUGACCAUGACAUGCAAACCGUAGCAGAAUUCGACACUACAGUGGGUGAAGCUUCUGAAGAUGAAUCUCCUCCUCAUCCGAGAUUUGCACCUCAGGGUGAUGACAUUGACAUGGAGGUUGUGGUCGAAGAUGAUCCUGAAGAUGGAGCUACCAGAGAUGGGGACAACCAGUCGAAACGAACAGAGGCUGAGCAUACUUCGACGCGAAACACUCCACCUGCUCCUGACCGGACCCAAGGGAGUGGAAAAUCAACUGUCUUGGAAGAGAAUUCCCUUGCUCAUAUUGAUCUUAAGAAAAUUUUGAAGCAAGUGAAUGUCCUGGAAGCUUCGGCUGAGAUUGGAAGUUUUGUGAUGGAGCUGAUGACUCUCAUUGACUUGGCCACUGUAGAUCUCCAUCGUCAAAGAGAUCUCACCAAUUAG